AUAUUGCAUAUAGGCGGUCAAAUCGAUAUUCUUCGUGAGAGUUUAAUAGAAAUUUCUCCGAAGAGAGGAAAGUACAGUCCGAGUCAUUUUAUGAUAAAAGAAAUAAUCCAGAAGCAUCAGAAAAUUAUCAUCUUUUCAGAGCACAUCGAAAAUUUGUAUUCGUUUAUCGCAUUGAUGAUGUUUGUGAUGGAUACUCUAAUUAUCUGUUGCUUGGGUUUUACAAUGGUCGCGUCUAUCGGUCAACCCGAUGCUCUGAAAAGUAUAACCAAAAACAUCUUAUUUUACAUUGUCGUAAAUAUGGAGGCGUUCGUAUUUUGUUUCGCUGGGGAAUAUUUGAGCGCUAAGAGUAAAAGCAUCGGAGAUGCUGCCUACGCAUCCCUCUGGUAUGAAUCAGAUUCCUCAGACAGUCAAAUUAUAUUGUUGUUGAUAAUGAGGUCGCAAAAUCAAUUAACCAUUACAAUUGGAAAGAUAAUGAAUUUGUCUUUGGAACGAUUUA